UCCGAUCAUGACAGUGGUGUUGUGACUGUGAUCUCCCUAGAGGCCUCUCAGGAAAAGGUUCAAUACUCCUUUCUCGCUUGUAUGCCAAUUGGAAUUUGAAGGGAGCUUGCUAACUGAUAUUCAGUGUGGACCCAGAAGUACUACUGAUAAGGGUAUUUAUGGCACAAUGAUAAAUUUCAUCUCUCACAGAAUGAUAUGAGGAUCAAUGAUGCAGACUGCUGGGUUCGAUGAAGCUGGGCAUUUAUAACUAGAUUCAUUAAGGAAUACAAAGAAAAUAUUUAAAGGGAUCAAUAAUGGUGUCUUCUGGUUGCAGAAUGCGAAGUCUGUGGUUUAUCAUUAUAAUCAGCUUCUUACCGAAUACAGAAGGUUUCAGCAGAGCAGCUUUACCAUUUGGGUUAGUUAGGCGAGAAUUAUCCUGUGAAGGUUAUUCUAUAGAUCUGCGAUGUCCAGGCAGUGAUGUCAUCAUGAUUGAGAGCGCUAACUACGGUCGCACAGAUGACAAGAUUUGUGAUGCUGACCCAUUUCAGAUGGAGAAUACAGACUGCUACCUCCCAGAUGCCUUCAAAAUUAUGACUCAAAGGUGCAACAAUCGAACACAGUGUAUAGUAGUUACUGGGUCAGAUGUAUUUCCUGAUCCAUGUCCUGGAACAUACAAAUAUCUUGAAGUCCAAUAUGAAUGUGUCCCUUAUAUGGAGCAAAAAGUUUUUGUGUGCCCUGGGACCUUGAAAGCAAUAGUGGACUCACCAUGUAUAUAUGAAGCUGAACAAAAGGCAGGUGCUUGGUGCAAGGACCCUCUUCAGGCUGCAGAUAAAAUAUAUUUCAUGCCCUGGACUCCCUAUCGUACCGACACUUUAAUAGAAUAUGCUUCUUUAGAAGAUUUCCAAAAUAGUCGCCAAACAACAACAUACAAACUUCCAAAUCGAGUAGAUGGUACUGGAUUUGUGGUAUAUGAUGGCGCCGUCUUCUUUAACAAAGAACGAACGAGGAAUAUUGUGAAAUUUGACUUGAGGACUAGAAUUAAGAGUGGAGAGGCCAUAAUUAACUAUGCCAACUAUCAUGAUACGUCGCCGUAUAGAUGGGGAGGAAAGACUGAUAUUGACCUAGCAGUGGAUGAAAAUGGCUUAUGGGUCAUUUAUGCCACUGAACAGAACAAUGGAAUGAUAGUUAUUAGCCAACUGAAUCCAUACACUCUUCGAUUUGAAGCAACGUGGGAGACUGUGUAUGACAAACGUGCUGCAUCGAAUGCGUUUAUGAUCUGUGGAGUGCUCUAUGUGGUCAGAUCAGUUUAUCAAGACAAUGAGAGUGAAACAGGCAAGAACGCAAUUGAUUACAUUUACAAUACCCGAUUAAACCGAGGGGAGUAUGUAGAUGUUCCCUUCCCCAACCAGUACCAGUAUAUUGCUGCAGUGGAUUACAAUCCUAGAGAUAACCAACUCUACGUGUGGAACAAUAACUUCAUUUUACGAUAUUCUCUGGAGUUUGGUCCACCUGAUCCUGCCCAAGUGCCUACCACAGCUGUGACAAUAACUUCUUCAGCUGAGCUGUUCAAAACCACUGUAUCAACCACAAGCACUCCUUCUCAAAAAGGCCCUGUGAGCACAACUGGAGCUGGAUCACAGGAAGGAAGCAAAGGGACGAAACCACCUCCAGCAGUUUCGACAACCAAAAUUCCUCCUGUAACAAAUAUUUUUCCCCUGCCAGAGAGAUUCUGCGAAGCAUUAGACGCGAAGGGGAUAAGGUGGCCUCAGACACAAAGGGGAAUGAUGGUUGAACGACCAUGUCCCAAGGGAACGAGAGGAACUGCCUCGUAUCUCUGCAUGGUUUCCACUGGAACAUGGAACCCUAAGGGCCCCGAUCUUAGCAACUGUACCUCACACUGGGUGAAUCAGCUGGCUCAGAAGAUCAGAAGUGGAGAAAAUGCUGCUAGUCUUGCCAAUGAACUAGCUAAACAUACCAAAGGGCCCGUGUUUGCUGGGGAUGUGAGUUCUUCAGUAAGACUGAUGGAGCAGUUGGUGGACAUUCUUGACGCACAACUGCAGGAACUGAAACCUAGUGAAAAGGACUCAGCUGGACGGAGUUAUAACAAGCUCCAAAAACGAGAGAAGACAUGCAGGGCUUACCUUAAGGCAAUUGUCGACACAGUAGACAACCUCCUGAGACCUGAAGCUUUGGAAUCCUGGAAGCACAUGAAUUCUUCUGAACAAGCACAUACUGCAACAAUGUUACUCGAUACAUUGGAAGAAGGAGCUUUUGUCCUGGCUGACAAUCUGGUAGAACCAACCAGGGUCUCGAUGCCCACAGAAAAUAUUGUUCUUGAAGUCGCAGUACUCAGUACAGAAGGGCAGGUCCAAGACUUUAAAUUUCCUCUGGGCAUCAAAGGAGCAGGCAGCUCAAUCCAACUCUCUGCAAAUACUGUCAAACAGAACAGCAGGAACGGGCUUGCAAAGUUGGUGUUCAUCAUUUACCGGAGUCUGGGACAGUUCCUUAGCACAGAAAAUGCAACCAUAAAACUGGGAGCUGACUUUAUUGGUCGUAAUAGCACCAUUGCAGUGAAUUCCCAUGUCAUUUCAGUUUCAAUCAAUAAAGAAUCCAGCCGAGUAUACUUGACAGAUCCUGUGCUUUUUACCCUGCCACACAUUGAUCCUGACAAUUAUUUCAAUGCAAACUGCUCCUUCUGGAACUACUCAGAGAGAACUAUGAUGGGAUAUUGGUCUACCCAGGGCUGCAAGCUGGUUGACACUAAUAAAACUCGUACAACAUGUGCAUGCAGCCACCUAACCAAUUUUGCAAUUCUCAUGGCCCACAGGGAAAUUGCAUACAAAGAUGGAGUUCACGAAUUACUACUUACAGUCAUCACCUGGGUGGGGAUUGUCAUUUCCCUUGUUUGCCUGGCUAUUUGCAUCUUCACCUUCUGCUUUUUCCGUGGUCUACAGAGUGACCGUAAUACUAUUCACAAGAACCUUUGUAUCAACCUUUUCAUUGCUGAAUUUAUUUUUCUCAUAGGCAUUGAUAAGACAAAAUACAUGAUUGCAUGCUCAAUAUUUGCAGGACUUCUACACUUUUUCUUUUUGGCUGCUUUUGCUUGGAUGUGCUUAGAAGGUGUGCAGCUCUAUCUGAUGCUAGUUGAAGUUUUUGAAAGUGAAUAUUCAAGAAAGAAAUAUUACUAUGUUGCUGGUUACUUGUUUCCUGCCACAGUGGUUGGAGUUUCAGCUGCUAUUGACUAUAAGAGCUAUGGAACAGAAAAAGUUUGCUGGCUUCAUGUUGAUAACUAUUUUAUAUGGAGUUUCAUUGGACCUGUUACCUUCAUUAUUCUGCUAAAUAUUAUCUUCCUGGUGAUCACAUUGUGCAAAAUGGUGAAGCACUCUAACACUUUGAAACCAGAUUCUAGCAGGUUGGAAAACAUUAAUAAUUACCGUGUUUGUGAUGGCUACUAUAAUACGGACUUACCUGGGUCUUGGGUGCUUGGCGCUUUUGCUCUUCUAUGUCUUCUUGGCCUAACCUGGUCAUUUGGGUUGCUUUUUAUUAAUGAGGAGACUAUUGUGAUGGCAUAUCUCUUCACCAUCUUUAAUGCUUUCCAGGGAGUGUUCAUUUUCAUCUUUCAUUGUGCUCUCCAAAAGAAAGUACGAAAAGAAUACGGCAAGUGCUUCAGACACUCUUACUGCUGCGGCGGCCUCCCUACUGAGAGCCCCCACAGUUCCGUGAAGGCAUCAACCACCAGAACCAGUGCUCGGUAUUCCUCUGGCACACAGAGUCGUAUAAGAAGGAUGUGGAAUGACACUGUGAGAAAACAAUCUGAAUCUUCUUUUAUCUCAGGUGACAUCAAUAGCACUUCAACACUUAAUCAAGGAAUGACUGGCAAUUACCUACUAACAAACCCUCUUCUUCGACCCCACGGCACUAACAACCCCUAUAACACAUUGCUCGCUGAAACAGUUGUAUGUAAUGCCCCUUCUGCUCCUGUAUUUAACUCACCAGGACAUUCACUGAACAAUGCCAGGGAUACAAGUGCCAUGGAUACUCUACCGCUAAAUGGUAACUUCAACAACAGCUACUCCCUGCGCAAAGGGGACUAUAACGACAGCGUGCAGGUGGUGGACUGUGGACUAAGUCUGAAUGACACUGCUUUUGAGAAAAUGAUCAUUUCAGAAUUAGUGCACAACAACCUCCGGGGCAGCAGCAAGACACACACCCUGGAGCUCACACUACCCGUCAAACCUGUGAUUGGAGGUAGCAGCAGCGAGGACGACGCGAUCGUGGCGGACGCCUCCUCCUUAAUGCACGGUGACAACCCAGGGCUGGAGCUCCACCACAAGGAACUGGAGGCGCCGCUCAUUCCUCAGCGGACUCACUCCCUUCUGUACCAACCCCAGAAGAAGGGGAAGCCCGAGGGGACUGACAGCUAUGUCUCCCAGCUGACAGCUGAGGCUGAGGACCACCUCCAGUCCCCCAACAGAGACUCUCUGUACACAAGCAUGCCCAACCUGAGAGACUCUCCGUAUCAGGAGAGCAGCCCCGACAUGGAAGAAGACCUGUCUCCCUCCAGGAGGAGUGAGAACGAGGACAUUUACUAUAAGAGCAUGCCGAAUCUGGGAGCUGGCCAUCAGCUUCAGAUGUGCUACCAGAUCAGCAGGGGCAAUAGUGAUGGUUACAUAAUCCCUAUUAACAAGGAAGGGUGCAUUCCGGAAGGAGACGUUAGAGAAGGACAAAUGCAGCUGGUGACAAGUCUUUAAUAGUGCAGCUAAGGAAUUCCAGGGGCCCCAUGCAAGUAUUGCUAAGUAAAGACUCCAGUGGCCCGAUGCAGCCCCCUCAAACUCUGCCUGAAGAGCCGGCCCUGUUGUCCUGUGGUUCCUCCAGUGUAAACACGAUGACUGAACCUUGCAGUUCUGUGAAUUUUUAUAAAGCAUACAGAAACUUUGUAUAUACACAGAGUAUACUAAAAUGAAUUAUUUGUUACAAAGAAAAGAGAUGCCAACCAGAUAUUUUAAGAUUCUGCUGCUGUUUAGAGAAAUUGUGAAAAAAGCAAAACAAAACUUUCCAGCCAUUUUACUGCAGCAGUUUGCGAACUAAAUUUGUAAAUAUGGCUGCACCAUUUUUGUAGGCCUGCAUUGUAUUAUAUACAAGGCGUAGGCUUUAAAAUCCUGUGGGACAAAUUUACUGUACCUUACUGUUCCUGACAAGACUUGGAAAAGCAGGAGAGAUAUUCUGCAUCAGUUUGCAGUUCACUGCAAAUCUUUUACAUUAAGGCAAAGAUUGAAAACAUGUUUAACCACUAGCAAUCAAGCCACAGGCCUUAUUUCAUAUGUUUCCUCAACUGUACAAUGAACUAUUCUCAUGAAAAAUGGCUAAAGAAAUUAUAUUUUGUUCUAUUGCUAGGGUAAAAUAAAUACAUUUGUGUCCAACUGAAAUAUAAUUGUCAUUAAAAUAAUUUUAAAGAAUUUGAAGAAAAUAUUGUGAAAAGCUCUUGGUUGCACAUAUGUUAUGAAAUGUUUUUUCUUACACUUUGUCAUGGUAAGUUCUACCCAUUUUCACUUAUUUUCCACUGUAUACAGUGUUCUGCUUUGACAAGUUAGUUUUAUUCUUACAUUUAAAUUUCUUAUUGCCAAAAGAGUGUGUUUUAUGGGGAGAAAACUCUUUGAAGCCAGUUAUGCCAUGCCUUGCACAAAUGUGGUGAAAUCUAGAAAAGAUUGUGUGUCACCCCUCUGUUUAUUCUUGAACAGACGGCAAAGAGGACACUGGGCACUUCUCACAAACUUUCUAGUGAACAAAAGGUGCCUAUUUUUUAAACAAUAAAACAUAAAUAUUACUCUUCCAUAUUCCUUCUGCCUAUAUUUAGUAAUUAAUUUAUUUUAUGAUAAAGUUCUAAUGAAAUGUAAAUUGUUUCAGCAAAAUUCUGCUUUUCUUUUCAUCCCUUUGUGUAAACCUGUUAAUAAUGAGCCCAUCACUAAUAUCCAGUGUAAAGUUUAACACGGUUUGACAGUAAAUAAAUGUGAAUUUUUUCAAGUAGUUAACGCGCACUUUUAUGUAUGAUACAUAAUUGGCUUUAACACGCUGGUCCUUUCCAACGCUCCCCCUGCUUUCCUCACACACACCUUGGGUAUAUUUAGUUCCCUUCCUAAUAUAAUCCAUGGAUAUGUGAAAGAAUACAGUAAAGUUCUCUGAUGGUUCUGUAUGUUGAAAAGAAUAUAAUAAAUUUAUAUUCUUCUUACCCAUUACUUGGGCUCAAAAUCUGGCAGAUCAAUUUCAACAGGGAGAUAUACUGAAAGUAUUUUGUUUGUUGGAUUGCACCAGAACUUAAAAAAUAAAAAUGAAGAAAGGAGGGUUGGAAAUUAUACAGUCAAAUUGAACAUCAUAAAAAAAAAAAAAAAAAAAUUUCAGCAGUAGUGAGAAGAAAUUUCUAAAACAUACUUUCACGGUUUGAGGAUUAUAAGUAUCCCUAUAGGCAGCUGCGAAUGACAAUAUUUGUUAUCAUGGAAAGGUUCAAAAAUCAUAUAAUUGAAUCUCAACAAAUAGAAUUUUCCUGUCUACAUCAUAAGCGUUUAUACCAAAUUCUUCUAAAGCUUAGUGGUUCUCUCAAGUGCUUCCACCAAGUUAGAAAUCACUUUAUUUUAUGUGGACCCAUUUAGUCAUGCCUAUUGAAUUUAAAAAGAGUAAUGAGAAAAAAUUUUCAACUAUAUAUUUAUGUAUCUAAAUGUGGAUAUAGUAAGGUAGACACUGUAAUAGAAUAUCAAUAUUUAAUAGUAGGAUAACAAUGGAGGAGUGUAGUGUAUUCACAUGUAGUUAAUACCUAACAAGUUGGAGAUUGACUAUGAGAAAUUAUAUUAACAUUCAAACAGAUUUUGUAUUCUGAGAAGGGUAUUCAGAUUCCUUUAGCUAAAAUCCUUUAGGGAUUUACAAAAAUUGUAUUUACUAGAAGGGGCAUUAUAUAAUCAAGCACUUAUUUUUGAUUUUGUUAUACUUUUUUCCUAUGAAGACCUGAAACUACACUGUUGCGUGAUACGCACAUCCCAGUAUCCAAGCUAAGUAGGGUCAGUAAUGAAUUACAAAAAAAAAAAAAAAAAAAAAAAAAAGGCAGCAUUGAUUAUUCAAUUAGUGCUAUUUCUCUUGAGGUAGUUCUUAAAACUGGUAUGAUGUGAAUAAGUACAUAGUAUCUAAAUGGUUAAUGUUCUCUUUAGAAAGUAAUUUGUUAUGAGUCUUUAUAUUAAAGAAUACAAUUUGGAAGCUGUCAUUCAUCUUUGCCACCAAAAGAAGAAUCGUCUUUAAAACUAACUUCUUUUAAAAAAUUUAUAAAUGUUGACUUAAAUUCCAUCCAGGCUUCCUCCUAGCACGAGUUAAUUUCUUAGGUUGGAAAUUAGUAAUCUACUUGACUGAUGCAUUACUCUACUUACUAGCCCAGUAGUUUCUUUGGGUCUGCCCAGACUUCACCUGGAUACACAAUUUCCACAUCCUUAAUUGUUUCUUUUUGUGAAGGUCACAACUGUGAACUUUUAUAAAGUCACAUUAUUGUACCUCUUCCCAGGGAUAGUUACUCUACUGGUCUAUUAAUAAUAAGGAAUUCUUGCUUCCAUUUGAUUUAGAUGUAAUUUGAUACAGGUUAGUCCUGAUUGACCUCUUUUAGUUUAUGUUAAAAUGUAGGCUUGUGUAUGUUCUAUUUACAAAAGGAAAUUAUAGUUUACACAUGUGUAUAGUAUUCAUCUUACAGGCUUUUAAAUUCAUUUAUGUAGAAGAGAAUCCAUACAAUGUAUAAGUGACUUAAAUAUGUUGUCAACUCCAACUCAUUUACAUUUAUUUGAGGGUACUUACAUAUAAUAUUUUAACCAGUAUAGCAACUGGUUUUAAAAAAAAAGGGACAAUUAUUUGACAGAAAAUCACUAUCACUAUCCUCUCCCCAAAAUGAAAAAAAAAGUAUCAUGCACAAAGUCAUUGCCAAAUUUCAAAAGAAAUUCAUGUGCACUUGUUAUAGAGGUGUUUUCAGGAUGCCUGUUUAUGUAUUUAAGUGAAAAAGGAGAAAAUGUACUUUUCCAUCAAUUCAACUUUAAACCUCAGGCUUCAAACUGACCUUUAUGAUGCUCUCAUGGAAUAGUGUUUUGUAAAAAAUUUUAACUCAGUAAAAUUUUUAUUGCGGUUAUAACCUUCUAAGUAGAAAAACUUGAAAGAAUGCAUACAAGUUGAACUUUUGUAAUAAAAACAGCUCUUC